AUGUUCUCUUCUCUAUCCUCCGCCAGUGUAAAUUCAAUGCUCACAACCACCCCUAACUCUCUUCCUACAUUCUCACCUCUCUCUGGUAUGGAAAAUACAGGGACUUCUGUCACUGCUUUCACUACUCUUUUUUCAUCCGAAACUACAAGAACUUCUCCAACCAUGUCUUCUCUAAAGACCUUUGCGACUGAAACAACCACCACUUGUUUUAUUUCUUCUACUACCCCAUGUCCAGAAUCUAUAUCAGUUACGAUAGUGCCUGCCUCUCCCACUACUUCAUGUAUGGAAAUGGGUCCAAGUAGUGAAGUUACUUCGAUGCCUAACAUCCCAAUGUCAGUGUUCGCCUCUACUACUGAGAUGGUCCCUAGUUCCACCAGUAUGACAACUGUGUUUCCUAGGCAUAUGGACACUUCUGCUUCCGUUCUGGAAACACAUCCUACCAACAGCAUAAUGGAUGCUCCUAGUUCUAUCAGCACUGGGACUGUCCCCAGUUACACGGUUUUGAUAAGCACUCAAAGACCCACCAGUGGAAGCUGGAUGAGCACCAAUUCUGUAACCGUCCCAUAUAUGCCUGGCUUCAUGAGCCUCCCACUGACCAUGAAACCAAGCAGCAGGUUUCCAACUGCUGUGGUGACUUCAAUCAAGUUGACUCACUCCACCCCACCCACCAUCAAGAUUCCAGAAACACCGGUAGUCAUCUCUCAGGCUACCACCACCCUUAUGUCACCCAGGGCAACUUCAACCACUACUCAGAUGACCACACAGUCUAGACUGAUUACUUGCCCAGGCACCUGUGACCAUGGUGGCACCUGGAUGCUAGGCCUAUGCCACUGCCCUUUGGGGUUCUCUGGGGACCACUGUGAGCUCCAGGAGAUCAGGUGCCAGAAUGGAGGUAAAUGGGAUGGCCUCAAGUGCCACUUCCCUAGCAUCUUCCAUGUACUGUUGGAGUUUGUGGUGGAAGAGGUGGAUCUGGACACUGUGGGUGCUGAAGGGGAUAUGGAGGGGUCUGUUGACCAGGAGAUCUCCCCUGACCUCAAUGACAACACUUCCAAGGCCUACGAGGAUUUCAGCGACACCUUCUGGGAUCAGAUGCAGAAGAUUUACCAAAAUGUGCAAGGAUUCAAGGAUGUGGAGAUCCUGUCCCUGAGGAAUGGCAGCAUUGUGGUGCCCUUUAGCCUCCAGCUGGAGAGCGAGUAUGAGAAGGUGAAGACAGUCUUGAAGGAGGAGCUCCAGAAUGUCAGCCACAAUGGGGGCAGCUGCCGGAGUGAGUAGACCUUGUGUUUUAGGCCUGACUCCAUCAAGGUGACCAAUGACACCAGGAAGGAGCUGACCCUGGAAGCCAUCUGUCGCCGCGCCACUGCCAAAGGCUAUGAGGAUUUCUUCUUCCCCUCGGUGGAGGAGAACCGGCUCUGCUGCGUCACCAAAUGCACGUCGGGCGUGGAUGGCGCCAUCGACUGUCACCAAGGCCAGUGCCUUGUGGAGAGGAUCGGUCCCGCUCGCCGCUGCUUCUCCACGGACACGCGCUGGUUUUCGGGCCCGCGCUGCGAGGUGGCUGUCGCCUGGAGGGCACUGGUCGGGGGCCUGACGGGGGCCGAGGCUCUGCGGCUGCUGGCGCUGAGCAUCUUCGUUGCCCGCUACAGCACAGCCGGCCGAGGCGGAGGCAGGGAGCGCGUUGGGGGUGGGCGUGAGGGCGGCAAAGGGGUCCCCGCUGGGGCGGUCCUGCUCUGCCCGCGCGUCGCCCCAACUCAGGUCCUGGGGCGGCGACGGAUGUGCGAUGAGGACACUGUGGGGACGUUUUCGGACUUGGGCUUGGAGGACGAGCGAACAGUCAAGGAUGAAAACUUCCAGGUGGCCUUGGAGGACGUGGACAUCAAUGUGAGCGUGAGGGCGCCAAGAGGGGAUGGGGACGGGGCUGCCAAAGAGCUGGACCUGGGCUGUGACCUCAUCUUACCUUUGGGGGUGCUAAAGGGGCGCCACCAUAUCCUCAAGUACCUGCUUCUCCCCUGCCCGGACACCUUUGAGGCCCAGAAGCGCAGCCCUUGGGAGUUGCCAAUGGGCAAGGAUGAGAGGCUGCGAGUGUGA